AUGUCUCACAUUCGUGAGACUCAUGUCCGCCCAUACUGUGCUACCUCACUCCCCUGCUCCCUUAUCCUUAUCUUUGGAUUUUGCGGGCCGAGUUGGUCACUCAACUCUCCCCUCGCAUCACGUAUUUGGUAUCAACUGGGAAGCCUCUCGACCAGCAGCGGGUGUUAUCCUUGCUAUUCCAAGUCUGUCUCGUCCGACGCCUUUGAAGAGGCAAUGGAACCCAAGAAGCGCCAACAUCGGUCUCGAGCAGGGAGAAAGAAGUGCGACAGUGUCUCAUUCCCAUGUGGCAAUUGCCAAAGGCUGGGCUUGGAUUGUAAUACCGAAACUAAGCUUGUCUGGGAAGAUGAUUCUCGCAGACAGGGGAUGAAGAGGAGAGGCCCAUCCAAAUCCACGAACCGUACCAAUACUACCCAACCUGUGGAUGGUCAGUCCAGUUCGCAAAAAAGGAAUCACAACCCAGUCACAGUUCCGUUACUUUCCAGCCAGUCUGGCCAUGAAGGGGGCCUACAACGCCUCUGCAAAAUCUCAGAAUGGCCCUUCGAACUAGAUCCCAUAGAGUCACACGCCCUCGACCACUACAUCCAACGUUUCUCCAGGACAUACCCAACCUGCGCUGGUCCGACUAACCCAUUCUUAAGGGUAUUUAUUCCUCUCUCGAUGCAAAGUCGAGUUGUUCUCGAUGCUCUUCUAACCCUUAGCUGCGUCCAAAGCUGGGAGCAUGGAAGCUUCGUCAUGGAAAGACCCAUGUUAUUCUUCCGAUACAAAGCCCUCCGCGGCUGUAGAGAACCUAUUGAGUCGGCCAUCGACAAAUCUGGAGUUCGGAAGGAGAUCCAAUCAGCAUCAACCGUGGAUGCCGCCAUCCAGGUUGUGGCAUCUCGGGCAGCAAACCUGGAUGAUGGCGACGUCAUGUAUCUCCUCGCCACAUGUGUCCUUAUGAUCCUUUACGAGAAGCUCAGUGGAGAAGGGCAAGAAAACGCGACUACACAUCUACGAUUCUUUGCCCAACUCUUCCCGAAUAGGCUGUUUCUGGCUAUUGCGAAUGGAAAUCCUCUCGACGACACCGGGCGCCAGUGGAACGAGGCCAUGGCCUUUCUCUCUAGCCUUUUCCUUUAUAACGAUCUCGUCAGGUCAACCUCGCUCCGCACUUCGACGCUGUCAGACUUUUACAUUAGACACGGUGACCCUGGAUCACGCUUCGAAUUCCCCAAGAUCAUCGCCAGGCUAGGUGCUGGCGACCUUUCAGUAACAGACGAGGAGAUCGCAAGGUGGGAUGGACGGUUGGACUGGUUUCCAAGUUUCGCGCUUGAUGCACCUGAUAGAAGCGAAUCCCGCGGGAGGCUUCCAGUUGCAGAACCGGCCUUUGUUCUAAACCCCUACUUCCGACGACUUGACGACUUUGCCCGAUCAGAGACUUGGAAUGAGAAGGGUAUCGUCUCGGAGCUAUACCGCGUAGCAGCCUCAGUCUACCGAAAACAAAAAUUUGUAGAUCAGUGGCUCUCAUUCGGCCAUGGCCCACAAGAGCUAGACGAAAAUGAUUCGGAGAUGGGAAAUCUUCCGUCGUGGGGCGUUGAGCUGCUUCGUCUACUCUCACCCGUCUCGCCCUAUAAUAAUACUCUUUUAUGGCCAAUCUCUAUUAUUGCAAAGGAGCUCACGGAUGAGACAGAACGCGAGUUUGUCUUGACUAGGGUCGAAUCACUGGAGAAGUGGUUUAGGAUGAAGCAUUUUAGCGAUGUGAGAGAGUGUCUUGUUACUAGUUGGAUGGCAAAGGAUGAGGGCAUCAUUAGCGCACACAAGCAACCAUUUCUUUUUGGUUAG